AUGUCGGAGGAAACAAUUAUGUCUAUGAAUGAUCGGGCAGUUAAAAUUGAACUACCAGAAUAUUCACCAGAAGACAUUAAACUCGAAAUGAAAGAUGAAUUUGAUAAUCCCGACGUUAUUGUUAAAUCUGAAUCGUGUUCUAAAGAUGAUGAUACGUGUUUGGAAAGAUUUAUGAUUUCCGAGGUGACAAUUGAAGAAGAAAUCAAACAGGAGGUAGUCGAGUUACCAAUUUAUGAAUGUGACAUUUGCAAUAGAUCAUUUGCAGAAUCAGACCAUUUAAAAAAGCAUAUGGUCGAUCAUAUUCCUAGUAAUAGCAAAGAAUGUCCUUUCAAAUGCGAAAUCUGUUACAAGGCUUUUAAUCGAUUAAGUGUUCUGAAAGUGCACAUGCUCAUUCACAGUGACAAAUCUAGUUCUGUACAGCACCCAGAUCUAUCCCACCACAUUUCGGACAAGAUCAGGAACAAUUUGAAGACUUUGAUCAAAAAUUUUCCGAAAGGCGUUUCAUUGACAUCUAUAGAUUCACAUUAUGAAAAUAACUUCGGGGAAAAAUUAUCCUACAACGAGUUGGGAUUUCCGAAUGCCUUAGAAUUCUUUUUACAGCUAUCGGACAUUUUUUGGUUAGAGAGGAUAUCUGAAUUUGGUGAAUUUAUUUUAUUCGAUCAGUCGCUCAAGAUACCUGAGGAUUUAAUAAAAAAUCUAAAGGUACAAGAGAAGGGUGUAGAAAAGGAUAUUGAAGAUGUUUCAGCUGUAUGUAAGGAUGAAACUUUUAAAAAGAUAAUGGAAAUCUGUAACUCCGAAGAGACAUUAUCAGGAAUGAUGGGUCCUGGCGAUGUAAUUGAAAGUAUAUGGAAUAAAUGCAAAUUCUCAUGUGGUUGUCUAAUGAGAAUUAUUAUUACUGAAAUUUAUGAUCCGACAAAGUUUUGGUUUGUCCUUGACGAUGAAGAUCAUUUUCAGUUGAUGAAUAAGAUGAUGGAUGAAAUGCAGUAA